CGGAGAGGAGGGAUUGCGGAUCCCACACCUGCAAACUCACCGUAGAAGUCUCAAGGUGCGGCUGGGGGGAGGGAGCCAAUUCCCCAAGGCCGCCACCUCUCUGCGGGUGGUCUCCGCCCCUGUCCGGGGACCCGUGCCAAUGACCCUAGUGGUGGUUUCGCUUUCUCGCCUCUCGGCUGUGUGAACGUGUAUCUGCUGCGUGAUGGGUAACCAGGUGGAGAAACUGACCCACCUAAGUUAUAAGGAAGUUCCCACGGCCGACCCCACCGGCGUGGACCGGGACGAUGGGCCCCGCAUCGGGGUCUCCUACAUCUUCUCCAACGACGACGAGGACGUGGAGCCGCAGCCGCCGCCCCAGGGGCCGGAUGGCGGCGGCGGCGACGGCUUGCCCGACGGCGGGGACGGGCCACCACUGCCGCCGCCGCAGCCCUACGACCCGCGACUGCACGAGGUGGAGUGUUCCGUGUUCUACCGCGACGAGUGCAUCUACCAGAAGAGCUUCGCGCCGGGCUCCGCGGCGCUGAGCACCUACACGCCCGAGAACCUGCUCAACAAGUGCAGGCCUGGCGACCUGGUGGAGUUCGUGUCGCAGGCACAGUACCCGCACUGGGCUGUCUACGUGGGCAACUUCCAGGUGGUGCACUUGCACCGGCUGGAGGUGAGCAACAGCUUCCUGACGGACGCGAGCCAGGGCCGGCGCGGCCGCGUGGUGAACGACCUGUACCGCUACAAGCCGCUGAGCCCCGGCGCGGUGGUGCGCAACGCUCUGGCACACGUGGGCGCCAAGGAGCGCGAGCUGAGCUGGCGCAACUCGGAGAGCUUCGCCGCCUGGUGCCGCUACGGCAAGCGCGAGUUCAAGAUCGGCGGCGAGCUGCGCAUCGGCAAGCAGCCCUACCGGCUGCAGAUCCAGCUCUCGGCCCAGCGCAGCCACACGCUCGAGUUCCAGAGCCUGGAGGACCUGAUCAUGGAGAAGCGGCGCAACGACCAGAUCGGGCGCGCGGCGGUGCUGCAAGAGCUCGCCACGCACCUGCAUCCGGCCGAGCCUGACGAGGGCGACAGCGACGCGGCGCGGACUACGCCGCCUCCGGGGCGCCCCCCGGCGCCGGGACGGGAGGUUGAGGCCCGGGAGGCGGCGGUGCACUGAGAGGCGAGCUGAGUGCGGAGUCUUGAGAGGGAGCCUUUGGGACCAGCCGCCGCUCCCCCUUGACUCCUCUCACUCCCUCCUUCAGUACCUUCCAGGCCCCAUCUGGGCUCCUGGGCCAUUUGGAAAAAAGGAGAGUUGGCGAAAUGUGCAGCCAGCUGUGGCUUGAGCUUGUUACCCCGGACAGAGGAAUAAGAGGGAGCAGGUAGGAGCACUGGGGCCGGUGGGGGGGGGGGGUCACUUCUUCCCUGUCCUCUGGAUCUGUCUUCCUUUCUGACGUGGGCCAAAUGGUGGACUGGCCUGACACUUAAUUUUUGCUGUACCUGGGUCCAAAAUCGACCCUUCCUAGGCCCUCGGGGGUGGAGGAAAGUUCAGAGUACCAGUGCCCGCCGUUGCCUCCUCCCUGCUUCCUCUCCUCCCCUGGCCUUGGAGGGGGCCCUGUACUGAGGCCUGGGAGGGUUUGUGGCUGCGCCCUGCCAAGCACCGGCAGCCGCAGAUCUGCUACCUCCACCCCGCCAGGGCUGUGUGUGGGAUGUGGGAGGCCCGGGUGAUUUACUGUGGGGGGUUGCUGGGGUGUAAGACUGGAGAGACCAGGCCCGGGUCUGGGAGCAGCAGACCACAACCCAGCAGCCCCCUGUGAGGUGUAAUAAAUAGUUGGGUCAACUUGGGCAACAAAACAAAGACUUUGCUACCUCCCCCUCGCCCCCCACCCCCAGGUAAUUCAUCUUCUGGAGCUGGCUUCUGGCGGAGUCUCCUGCUCCCUCCUGUUCGAGCCACCCCUUCCCAGGUUCCAAGUAAAUCAUUGUCACGGGCCAGCUAGGGGAAGGAUUCAAUUAUCCUUCUGUUUUGCCGCCUUUGUUUCUGGCCUGCUUUGGUGUAGGCGCUUGGAUCCCCGUUGUUAUGAAAAGAGGGAAUGGCCCUUUGUGUCUCUGAUCUAAUUAAACCUGCUGGGCUGUGUUCAUCCGCAGGUCACACGGGGUUGGCUCCUGCCACCCCAUAAAGUAUUAACUACAGAAGCAGCCAGAUGGAAUUGCCCUGGCAGAAAUUAGUUAAUUUCUCACCCAUCACCUAACCCCCUUCCUGAACAGUGAAGGUAACCUUUUGUAAACUAUAGGGCCUGUGAUUUUCUUUUUUUUUUUUUUUUUUUGGCCUCCUCUGGGUUCCGGUCCCAUCCCCCUCACUCACUUUUUUUUCUGCGGGUGAUAAAAUCUUAGGCUUGAGGUCUAUUCAGUGAUAAGGUGUUUGUUUUGCUAGCCACACCUCAUGCAAUUUAAAUCAAGACGCUAAGUCUUGUUACACUGCAGCAGUCUCUUUGUUUCUUGGAGAACACCCCAGCCCCCGCCUUCAGAGUGAUUUUGCAAUUAAGAGGGGUAACAGCCAUCACAAAUUAAAUGCCACCUGGUAGAGUCAGCACCGAGUCUGGUGACAGUCCUGAGGCACAGGUUGGUGGUUGUGAGAUCUGUCGCAGCAGGCUGGCCUGUACUCUUUGGGUCUGCCACUGAUCUUGUUUCCUGUACUGUGGGGCUUCUAGAAAUUUUUACAGCCCAUCUCUUGUCUUUAGGCGAGCACUUGGUUGAUGUGUGUCCUUGAUUUCACAGUGCUGCUUUGCCUCAGAUUGACAUUGCUAAUUCCGUCCCAAAAGUUUCGUGAAGUUUUCCUUUCUUUGGGGAGUCAUUUUAGAUGACACUGAGCAAGUCCUUUUUUGAAGGAAUUCUUAAAGUUGGAAUGGAAUCCUAUUUGAGUUGUCCUAUAUUGCUGUGGACAUCCUUGGGCCUUCUCCGUGGGGAUUUCUGACUCCUGCAACAAGACUUGAAGGAUUUCCUUGUAUACUUUUUUCAAACUUGGAAGUUGAUGCCAUAAUUUUUAAAAGCCUAGACCGUCGUAGCACCUCAGUAUGAAAUAAUUUAAUUUUAGGGGCAUUAGCUAUGUUCCCUGUUCUCACAAGGAUCACCAAGCAGGUCCUGUCUCUUUGCUAAAGAUGAACCACACUCAGCCCUAGUCUGGGACUUUGGAGAGAGAUGUCUGUCACCUGUGGGAAAUAUAGAUGUAGUUUUCAUGUGUAGUAAGCUCUCAGCUUCAUGUUUAUAUUCUCUUGUUCAUGGAAAAGCCAAUCAAGGUAAAAGACAUUGGGGAGAGCCUCAGAUAUCCAACAGAUUUGGGUUUUAUUUUGUUUUGUUUUGUUUGCUUAACAUGGUAGUUGAAAGACCAGUAUGCAGAC